GUCGCCCAGCCCAGCAGUCGCUCGCCCUGAUCUGGCUACUAGGCCAGCUGCGAUUCGCCCAGUUUCUCUCCCCCAGAUCCUUGUCUUCGCCAUUUCUCUACUCUUCACGUUUCGCAUCGCUGUUCGAGUCCAACAUCCGUCCUUCACUACUCCGAGCCUUGAUAUCCGACGAUAUUCUACGUAUCUAACCCACCGGCGCCGUAUUCACAGUGGUCGCUACCCAUCUCUCAUUUCCCUUCCUUCUCGCUCGACGUCGCCCGUCCCUGUGGUCGGGUCGAUCACCGUCAGGCGCUUGUCAAUGCUCCCGUCAAAGAUCUCGACUGCCUCCCGACAGUACGCCUAGCCUACGACGCUGUGUCUUCGAAUCAGACAGUCUCAUACCCCUAACAAUCUAUCCCCUGUCGAGCUGUAGACGAUAAAUAUCGGCAUUGGAGCCAGGUUUUGACUAGGAAUCCAUCCGACCCCCGACGGCAGACUCUAUCGAACGACUGCGCACCCCCAGCUGCGGACUGUCUUUGGACUUGCUGCGCUUCGCGUCACAUAUCAAGCUAUUCGCCACGCCUCGCGCGCUCCCAAACCUCGACUUGCCCUCUCUGCUCUAUUAACACACCCUUCUUGAUCAACGAGACACUUCCUUAUGCUCUAAGGCAUCGCCUCGAAUUUCUCUCAGCUCCCGUGGACAACUGUCGCAAUGAAGAGGAGGAGUUAUUGAGUCUCUUUCAAUGUCAUAAAUCGGUGCUCCGAUGGGGAGGACCACCGAAUAUACCAUAAUGGGGCCGGUUAGAGAUUCCCCAGGUCAAUCUCCUCCUUCGGCCUCCCGAUCUCUGCCCUUUCGCAAUGGUUCUAAAGCCGGCUCAACUAACCUUCGAACCCUUUAUCGCAUCUCGGCCCAAGACAUUGGUGACCACGGGCCGGAACAGCACUCCUACCACUCUGUGUCUACGGUCUUGCCAACUUCGCCAAAUCUCCCACCUACACCCCCCGGGGCGAACAAUGAAACCAGCCCGCCUGCUCCGGAAGAAGUUACUCCAUCCUCAGAUGCCGGGGUGUUUAGAUCAAACUUGGUGACGCCCAUCAACCAGAACAGCCCGCCAACCCCGGACAACACUCCUCCCCGGGAGCGUUAUGGGACACUUCCCCGGCGCCCAUUCUUGGGUCCACAGCCGUCCAUCGCCUCGACACAUGCAGAAUCCUUCAAGACCGCCCAUGAAGACUUCACGUCAGAAGGUGAAUCUGAUCGCUACACGCCACGCCCGGACAAUGGCUUUAAAUGGCCGUUGAGUUCCGUUGACAAAUUCGGUGCAGCAGCCCAUCGUCUCCGGCACAGCUCUCUGCCGCGACUGCCCCUGAUCGAGCUUUACGGAGCACAACCUGUUGUUAGUCAGUCCCCAGAGCCUCUGGUCGAUCAAUAUCACGUAAAUGCCAAUGAGAUCCGUGGGAUCUCGGAGGGUUACCCUCAACACCAGACGUCGGGAUCGAGUGGCGACGCACUUCUCAACAGCGAAGAAAUUCGCAUACAUCUUGACCCUCCUCAAGUGUCCCUGUCUGAGAGUAUCGAACCACCUCAUCUUGUCCGCCACAGCACUGGUCAGCAUAACUUGAAGCGGGACAAGAGCCUGCGUGAAAGGCUUCUUGAGGCGCAGAGCCAAGACCCAUCAGCAUCAACCGAGAAAUUUGCAAACAUUAUCGGUUGGAAUAACUCUGUGCCAAUCGACGAUGAAGCAGUCCAGGAUCGCCAAUUGGAAGUCGAAGAUAAUCGGCGUUUCUCAGGCAUCUCCACCACUUCGACUGUUGAAGCAUAUGUUAUCGAACAACACUCUUUGCCUCGCCGAAAAACGACGUUACGCCAUGUCAGCAAGCAUCAAUCUCUGCGUUCAGUGAGCUCGCCCCUACCAGCUUCGAACAGAGACUCGAUGAAUUCCGCUUCAGACUCCCCUCAUCGUCUCGUUCACAAGAAGGCAAGAUUGAGCAAUCAAAAUCGCUGGAGUUUCGGUUCCGAGGUUUCGAGGUCAUAUAGCCUGGCCUCAAGCGCCGUUCUCCCCAAGACUGAAGUGAUUCGCGUUGCGGUGAUCCCAGAGAGAAGCUCCUCCUUGAGCUCCUCGGCUCACAAUAGCCAGAGGCAGUCGGUUUCGAACAGUUCUGGACGCUCCCAGUUUCGCAAAACCUCUGACAAUCCACCCUCUUCCUGGCAACAUAAGAGGGCGUUUUCUGAAUCCUCAGAUCGUGGCAGGGAGCAAUAUCAAGCGCCUCUGAUACCUCCCAGGAGCUCCUCGCUAUCCGCACCCACGUCCAGAAGCACGUCAAGAGCCAACUCCAUUACUUCUGAGCAUCUGCACGUACGCAGACAACAGGCUGAGAAGGACUUGCGAAAGACCUUGGACAGAAUGGAGUCGGAACGACUUGUCCACAGCCUGAGAGACUGGGAGCCUGGAAAUGAGAUUCUACACUCUGAACGAAUGACUGAAAAUCGACGAUUCAACAGGUCUUCGGGGAGUCCUAAUCCGCCGUUCUCUACACUUCCGGGGAGUCUGCUAGGUGUUGCUGCAAAUGAAGGUGCGGCGGCAUCAAAUCCGCUGGGGUUGGUGAUGCCUGGAACAAAAGAAUGGGCAGCGCUCCGACCACCGUCCAUUUUUGAUACACCUUUCUCACAACCCUCUUUCCAGUCAGGUUCUCCCGAGAUCAAUGAAGCAAGGGCGAUCAACUAUUUCCCCCACAACAACUACUCCGUCCAGCUUAUUGAGCCGUUUCCUGUAGCGGAGUCGAAAGCGGUCCAAGAAGUACAGAAGCAGAACCUGCCGGAAAUCGAAGUGGAGUCCCCUUUGCGCAACCCUCGACAGCCGCCUGAGCCGCCGCGAUUCAAGCUGAUUCCCCCUACUCCUGCCGACGAGGAAGUCAAGAAGCAGUUGGGAGCUGAUCGGGCCGACUCUCUUAAACGGCCGGGCGGCUCCCGAGGACGGUCAGAAUCGUUGAUGAGCUCCAUUUCCCGCAACUUAAGCCUAAAGAACGCCCGCAAUCGCAAGGCUGAUCAGGAUCUUGACGGUAGCCUGCACCCAUUCUGGCGGCCUCGUGCCUUUUGGGACGACAUCGACCACACUCGUCCCGAAUCGCAACCUCAAGAACGCUCUCUGGAUCGAGGAGUUGUGAACAAUUCUCUGGGAUUGCCUCAGGAGAGGACGAUCAUAACUGGACCAGUAUCCCUGGUCAGACGAAUAUCGGAACGGCGCAGGCAGAAGAGAGGUGUUGUGAAACAAUCUAGCCACUCCAGCCUGGCUAAAUUGCAAGCGGGCCGCAAGCUACACAGAUUGCCAAGUUCGGCGCUGUGGUUCCACAUACCCCUGAUAGGGAUCAAGGAUAUUCAGGAAAGGCUGUUACAUGCAAAACAACGUAAGGAGGACGAGAAGAGAGAGCGAAGGAGGGCCGUUCUUCGACGCAGCAUUGGAACCUACGUCAUUUCGCAAGGAGAUUCGAGAUUCCCAGCCAGCAAUACGAGUCUUUCACGGGACGUCUGAAACGGUUUCCGCGCGGAAUACCAUUCUGGCAUCAUCAGCUUGGAGCUGGCUGUCCCGCGUCUGGACCGUGUUGAUGGGCAAGUAUCUCUCUGACCUUUUCAGGUGUGGACGAUGUCAUGUUCGACUGUAGUAUCCCGGCCCUGGUGGCUUUGGAUUUUCUUUUCGGUCGGCGCUUGGGAGGAUCUUUCUGCAGCGUGUUGAUUUAUUGCUCGACUGAGGACACCAAAGAUUUAUGUGCACGACUUGAUGUCUUGACGACUAAUGAUGGGAUGAAAUGACGAGCUGUACAACUAGAUAGCACGGCCGAACCAGAUGGAUGGCGAUUUAGCAAUUGAUUUCGAUACAUGAUUCAUGUCGUCGAGCUGUGCCCGACACUCUUCGG